AUGCUAACUUAUACAGAUUUUUGUCUUAAACUAGUUAAAAUAAUAAAAGAUGAAAAAAUAGAGUCAUCAACUUUGAAAACUUUGGUUGAUGAAACAAUUGAUUUAUUAGAAAAACAAUAACCUCCAAUAGAUCAAUAUGAGGAAGAAGUAAUUGCGAAAGAGUUAUAGUUCUACAGAACUGAAUGUCAAUAUCUUAACAAGCUAAGAAUCUCAUUAUAAAUUCAAGUGAAGCAAUUGUAAAGAUAAUUAUUUGAAGAGAAGGAAGCUAAUAGUGAAUUAAUUAAUAUUCUAAAAACAUAGAAACAAGAAUAACUAUUAAAUUAAAUAAAACCUGAGGGGUUGAAUAAUAUUAUUCAAAGAAAUGAACCUUCAAAAUUAACUAAUCGACAACCUAAAGACUGUAUUUUUUUCUUUUAUUUCAUUUGCAUAUAGAAUUUAGUAUUACUUAGAGAUAACCUCUAUUACCUUAAACUGCUAAAUCGUCAAAUUAAAAAUAUACGAACUCCAUUAUUAGAGCAAUAAGAUCCUAAAAAUCUCAAAGAAUUGUUUGAUUAAUGUGUGUAACAACUGUAUAGGGACAAUUGUAUGAAAGGAAACCAUAUAAAAAAAAAUAAGCAAAGUUGCAGCAGAGAUCACUCAGGACAAUUUUAAUUGGCUGAAGAAGAGAAAGAUGUUACAUUUUCAAAACUAAAUAUUAAGACAUUGACAGAAAAAUUUUUUCUAAGUCCUCAUUUUAUAAGAAUGAUUGAAGCUUAAAUUUUUGACAUAAAGUGUUGUAAUAAUAUGGCCUGUCUUUAUAACCUAAGGGAACCGUAAUAAUGUACAGAAAUUUUGCAAAAUUAAAAUGAAAGUAAAGUUUCCCAAAUUCCUAAAAAAAUACCACAAUUUCGAUAAGAUCACAGAAGCAAAAGUGUAGGCAGACAUGAUGAUUUAAAACUUCAGUACUAGUAUUUAUUCGCAGACGUAUUACGUUUAGAAAGAGAAUUAUGUGGAACUCCAAAACAAAAUAAAAGCAGAUACAUAGAAUUAAGCAACUAAUUAAAAGAUGCUCGUGAAAAACUCUAUUAAUUAUAAUGCAGGAUUUUAAAUUGA